UGCUGCUGCUGCGGUGGCGGUGUCUCGCCUGCCGGUAAGGGCCCUUUGCACGGGAGCCUGAACGAGUGCAGCUGGAGCAGCCAGCAACCGUCUUCAGCAUCAUCGUUCCCACUCAGGAGCAGAGUUCUAGGGCACCUCGGGCCAAACUUACUACCUGGCAGCACCAUAGUGACUUUUUUAAAAAGACAACUAAGACAGCAAGAGGAGUCCUUGAAUUGCUUUUAAAGGGUUCAUAUUUGUGAAUUAAUAAUUAUUGGGCAGUCUCAGUGAGGAAACUCCAUCUACCAAUACAUAUGUGCAACAGUUCUUCAAUUCACAGUCUUAGGGAAUGCUUGAGCCACUGGGAGGUUAUAGGACUUGCCUAGGACAACACAGCCAGUACAUGCCAGAGGAAUUCCUAAGCAUUCUAACUUACCCAAAAUGUUCAUAGUGGAAUAAUGGAAGCCCCUGAAUACCUUGAUUUGGAUGAAAUCGAUUUUAGUGAUGAGAUAUCUGUAAUACUCGUGACAUCACUGAAGACCAUUCCAGAACUGUGCCGGAGAUGUGAUUCACAGAAUGAAGACAGAUCAGUUUCUAGUUCUAGUUGGAACUGUGGAGUGUCGACUCUUAUUGCAAAUGCACAAAAGCCAACGGGAAUCGCAGAUGUAUACAGUAAGUUUCGCCCUGUCAAGAGAGUUUCCCCCUUGAAACACCAUCCAGAGACCCUUGAGAACAAUGAAAGUGAUGACCAAAAGAAUGAGAAGGUGGAAUACCAGAAAGGAGGAGCUUUUGAUCCACCACCUCCAACUGAAGAACUGGGCCCUGGAGAUGGAGAGGGCCUUAAAAGUAAAAACCUUGAGCCCAGGGUUUUAUUGGGAGAGCUGGAGCAUUAUGACCUUGAUAUGGAUGAGAUUCUGGAUGUGCCCUACAUUAAAUCAAGCCAACAGCUUGCUUCUUUUACUAAGACAGCUACAGAAAAGAGAAUUUUGGGUAUAUGUUCAACAGUCAAUGGCCUCUCCGCAAGAACAGUUCCAGGAAAUGCUGAGAGCUUGACAGGUAGCAUGACACCCUUUUGUGUCUUGUCCCCAGUAAAAAGCUCUCAUUUGAAAAAAGCUCAAUCUCUUGUUCUUGAUCAGCACAAGCAUUCUACUGAAGAUGCAGAGCUUUCCCCACCUCUGGUUACAUGCAACUCAGUCCAUGAACCUGAAACCCAGAGCAAGGGCUUCCUUAACAAGGCAUUUGCUGACCCCAACAUGCUAAAAGUUGAGAACAUCAUGCCCAGUAGCAGCCAGCUCAGGGCUUUACACCUGCAGUCUUCAGCCACAGAGCCCAAACUGGAUGAGCCAAACAGCCAUGGGAACUGGAAUUCAGGAAGCCCAGAAGAAAGGAGUGAGGAUAUGAAAAAAAUUAAAAGCAUCCUGAACAUUGUUAAAGAAGGACAAAUAUCUCUCUUGCCACACUUAGCUGCAGACAACCUCGAUAAAAUCCAUGAUGAAAGCGGGAACAAUCUGUUGCAUAUUGCAGCCUCCCAGGGACACGCAGAAUGUUUGCAACACCUUACUUCUUUGAUGGGAGAAGACUGCCUAAAUGAAAGAAACAAUGACAAGCUAACACCUGCUGGCCUAGCAAUAAAGAAUGGCCAACUUGAGUGUGUAAGAUGGAUGGUGAGCGAAACCGAAGCUAUUGCAGAAUUAAGUUGUUCAAAGGAUUUCCCAAGUCUCAUUCACUAUGCGGGCUGCUAUGGUCAGGAGAAAAUCCUUCUCUGGCUUCUUCAGUUUAUGCAAGAACAAGGGAUCUCUUUGGAUGAAGUUGACCAAGAUGGUAACAGUGCAGUUCAUGUAACAUCACAGCACGGGUACCUAGGAUGUAUACAGACUUUGGUUGAAUAUGGAGCAAAUGUCACCAUGCAGAAUCAUGCAGGAGAGAAACCCUCCCAAAGUGCUGAGCGGCAUGGGCAUACCAUGUGUUCCCGUUACCUAGUGGUGGUAGAGACAUGCAUGUCUCUGGCAUCUCAAGUUGUGAAGUUAACCAAGCAGCUGAAGGAGCAGACAAUGGAGCGUGUCACUCUGCAGAACCAACUCCAGCAGCUUUUAGAAGCACAGAGAUCAGAGGGUAAAUCCCUCCUUUCUUCCCCCAGUUCACCAUCUUCACCAGCUUCUGGAAAAUCCCAGUGGAAGUCAAUUGAUUCAGAUGAAUUGUGUGUAACAAAAAAUAAGUCCAACACCCAAGAUGGGAUUCAGGUUCUUGGAAGCAUAUCAGCCUCCAACCGUACCAAAUUCAGGGCAAAAGAUGAAGACUCAGAUAAAAUCCUUCGCCAGUUACUAGGGAAAGAAAUUUCUGAGAAUGUCUGUACCCAGGAAAAGCUGUCAUUGGAAUUCCAGGAUGCUCAGGCUUCCUCGAGGAAUAUGAAAAAGAUUCCACCAGAGAAAAGAGAGCUGAAACUUGCCCGACUGAGGCAGCUGAUGCAGAGGUCACUGAGUGAGUCUGAUACAGACUCGAACAAUUCAGAGGACCUCAAGAACACUCCUGUGCGAAGGACUGAUAAACCAAGGCCUCAGCCCAUUGUGGAAAAUGUGGAAAGUGCCGAAAGCCUACACCUGAUGAUUAAAAAGCACACUUUGGCCACAGGACGCAGGUUUCCUUUUAGCAUCAGGGCCUCCAAGUCUGUGGAAGGCCAUAGCCCAUCCCCUACUUCAGAAAGUAGUGAUCUGGACUUAGAAACCCAGUAUGCAACAUCUGGGAGUACACCUCAGGGCCAGUCACCUGGGGACAUCACACAGUCUACCCCUGACAGUACUACUGCUCAAAAGGUCGCUACCAGCCCCAAAAGUGCCCUCAAGUCUCCGUCUUCCAAGCGCCGAACUUCCCAAAACUUGAAACUGCGAGUAACCUUUGAGGAGCCAGUGGUGCAGGUGGAGCAAACUGACCUUGAACCUAAUGGGGAAAAGGACAAAGAUCGGGGUAAGGUCCUUCAGCGACUUCCCCCAAAUAAUGAGACAAGCGAUCAACUGAAAAGGCCUUUUGGAACUUUCAGGUCCAUAAUGGAGACAUUAAGUGGCAACCAGAACAAUAACAAUAACUGUCAGACAGUCAACCAGACCAAGACCUCAACACUGCCCUUUACCUCACUAGGAAGGAAAACUGCAGACGCCAAGGGAAAUUCAGUGAGCUCUGCUAGCAAAGGAAAGACUAAGGCAGGGACUCACAGCACCAGCUGUACCAAUCUUUCCUCUAACUUGCUGCUUGAAGAACACCUGCGUAACUAUGCAUGGCGUAGUGACAUAAAUCGGAAAAUUGAGAAAUCUCAAAGCAAAGAGAGUGUGGAUGAGCCAGAGCUGCAGGAACUCUUCUUGUAAUCACACCUCAUCAUGUCUUACUGCUGACCUUUGGACACAGUUGGAAAUCCCUUAAAUAUCCUUUGUGGAAACAGGACCAUAAGAAAUAAUCCUCACCAGCAAAAGAAUGGAUUAUUAGGAUGCCUUAAAUUUGUAGCAGUUAGACUAUAUAAGAAAUCUCUUUUUUUACACUGUGUAUAUAUAACUCGUUUUUAAAGAUAUAUGGUUUAAAGGCAUGACUGAACAAACAUAAUUUUUUAAACCAUGUAAAAGACACAACAAAACUCAUCUGACCAUUGAUCCCAUUUUGUUUCUAUCAGGUGCAUGGGUAUAUAAGUAUAUUAACUGGUCUUCCCUUUCCCAAUGGCCUAAAUUGUUCGGGCUCAAGUCCUUCAAGACCAGUGGUUUUAUUUUAUUUUAUUUUUUGUCAAGUAUAAUUUGUCUGUCAUUUCCAUUUUUUUGUAAAAGGAAAUAAAACAACAUUAACAGCCAUCUCUAAUCUCUGAGUGCCUCCCUUUCCAAUAAACUUGUAAUAUUUCAAUUUCUAAAAAA